GAGAUAGGUGAGUAAGAUCAUUUCCUUUAGAAUAAAUAAAUAAAUAAACUAAUUAAUACUCACUAACAAUUAAGCUAUAAUUACUUGUUAAUUAAUAUAACAAACAAUGGAUUGAGUGUGGCGGUGCAUUACAUUACAGUGGUUGAAAGAAAGAAAGAGAUGGAGUUAGCAGCAACAGCAGCAAUGACAUUUGAUGAGAUUUCUAUGGAACGCAGCAAGACCUUCAUCUUUGCCCUUCAGGAACUUAAGAACCUGAGGCCUCAACUCUAUUCUGCUGCCGAGUACUGUGAAAAAUCUUUUCUCCGUAGUGAUCACAAAGAAAUGGUGCUUGACAACCUGAAAGAUUAUGCUGCAAGAGCCCUUGUCAAUGCUGUUGAUCAUCUUGGGACUGUAGCUUACAAGUUAACUGACCUUAUUGACCAGCAAACAUUGGAUGUCUCAACCAUGGACUUGAAGAUCUCUACUCUAAAUCAGAGACUUCUUACAUGCAAAACUUACACAGAUAAAGAGGGUAUUCGGCAACAGCAGUUGUUGGCUAUUAUUCCUAGACAUCACAAGCACUACAUUUUGCCAAAUUCGGCCAAUAAAAAGGUACAUUUCCGUUCAUACAAACAGACUGAUGCAAAACAAAAUUCAUUUAAAACCAGAACUCGUCCUCAACCUUCAGGUACCCCCGUUGCAAAAACUCUUUCAUGGCAUCUUGCAUCAGAAACUAAGUCAACCUUAAAAAAACGGAGUUCACAUACUUCAAAAAAGAUCAAAGACCCAAAAUUUUCUGCCAAGACCACAGGAGUUUUCGACCUUAUAGACAAUGAAGAGAUUACACGGUUGAAACCCCCGGCAUCAAACAACCACGUACCAAAUGCAGUUCCUACUUCAAGUGCUACCACCCAAACUCUCGGUGUCACAGGCAGGGAUGCAUUAGAGGGUUUGAGACCAUUGACAACAUUUGGAUCCUUCGACAAUCGAAACACACGUGAGACUGUCCGUGUUCCUCGUCGCAGCAAAAGUGUGCUAUCAAGUCUUUUUGUCAAGCAAAGAUCUGCAAAAUUGAGAACUGGCUCCGUCUCAUAAAUACCUCUCCAGGCAAAUGCAAGCUUCUGAUUUGUGAAGAAUGAAGAUGUCAUAUAUGCCACCUUAUAUUUUGACAGAAGAGUUAAUAAAACACUUCAAUAUAACCAACCCAACUGCAUUAUGCUCUUUUCUUUUACUAUGUGUACACUGAUGCCUAGAAUUACUUAAUGACAGUGUAUAAUUGUAUAGUAUCUUCUGCUACCUAAAUUUGACAUAAAAGAAAACUAUUACAAAAUCA